AUGGCGCGCUCAUCUCUUCGUACAACUCGAACCCUCGCGGUCUGCUUCGCGCUUGCCGCAGUCUUUGCUUUGUCGGUGGCGUCACAGACGACCGUUGCAGUGACUUCCGACGGCCAAACCAGCCCGCGCCCAGUCCUGCUCCUCGCGGGGGACUCGCUCACUGAACACGGUACAAUCCCGGACCAUCAAGGGUUUGUGACGCUGCUGCAGUCUCGGUACACCCAAUCAGCCGACUUCAUUGUUCGCGGAUUGUCGGGCUACAACACGCGAUGGUUCCUCAAGUACGUGAUGCCUACCCUCGAACGCGAGAUCAGCAUUGGGACAUACACCUCGCCAUCGCUGAUCACAGUCUGGCUCGGUACCAACGACGCAACGCUUAUUGGCGGGAGCAACUCGGAGAUGCACGUACCGAUCGAAGACUACAAGAAAAACCUGAAUCAAAUCGUCCGCCGCUUCCAGAGCGCAGCCCCCAAAGCCAAGAUUUUGUUGAUCACGCCGCCACACGUCGACGACAAGGCCAGAGCCAAGGCUGCGGCCGAGAGGACCGACUCCAAGCGAGGCCUCGUGGAUCGAUCAGAUGCCGCAUCGGGGAACUAUUCGGUGGCUUGUGUGGAAGUCGCCAAGGCUCUCAAGGUUCCAGUGCUGGACUUGUACUCGCACUUCAGCGCCAUGCCUCUGGCUACCCGAAACGCGAUGCUGGUGGAUGGCCUUCACUUCAACGCAAAGGGCCACAGAGAGUUGGACGAACUGCUGCGGAGCAAAUUGAGCGCCGAGUUUCCGGCUUUGUUCAGCUCGCUAGACGUGUAUCAGUUCCCGUUUGUGAGCAAGUGGAUGGAAGAAGACCCGUACACUGAAGGCAAUUCUAGCUCAAGAAGCUAG